AUGGAUGAGCGACGUCUCUCACGUUUGAUGUCUGAUGACCGACAUAGCACAAGACCAUCGCGGCGUGCUACUCUCGGCGACGGUCUUCUAAGCUCAUAUCAUCUCACUGCUCCACCUCAACCACAUUGGUAUGGUAUUGGAGUUCUCGGCGAAUUCGGAUCACCCACAGUUUCACCGACUGAAAAUCCGAUUGCAUGGGCGAUCCUCAAUUCGUUUCCGAAUCGUGCUGUUCUAUUUAAGCAACCAAAUCGUGGGAUAGGUAUGAUUGCUCAAAAUUUUUCAACGUUUUAUCGUCUUUGUUGUCAACCAGUUACAAUUAGAGAAUAUGGAUACAUAUUCGGAUAUUUCGAUAACGACGUCAACCAGAACAUGCAACGUGCCUUAAAUGUGUACCAACCAGCUGUCGCUUUCCUUCGUCUACACGACAUACAAAUCCUUGUGCAACAAACUCUGCCAAAUAUGCCAGCGAAAGAUGUUACUUAUGUUUACACUCUUACAUUAGGCGUUCAAUAA